AUGGCUAAAGCAAGAGUCCAGUCAAAGCACUCUCGUGCGGCCCGCCGGGCAGCAUCGCCGAGUCUCAACGUCGACAAGUCUUUAACCACCCUUCCCCGUGCCGAAGAUACCGUGAUACAGCGUGAAUCCAUCCUUUCCGAUCGCGCAAAUGCCGGUGUGGCCAAGAGGAAAUCGAAAACGAAAGCCCUGUCAAAGGCGCAGCGUGCUAGGCAGCAGAAGGGUAUCGAAAGAGCAGAGAAUAUCAUGGAUCAACUAGAGACGAAAGUGGAGAAGAGUCUCAAGCGGGGGAAGACUGUGAAAGCACGUAGGGCUGAGUGGGAAGACCUGAAUCGCAAGUCGGGGGCGACCAUGUUUCAGAACCUCAACGACGAGGCGGAUAAUGAUGACGAUGACGCUAUGGCUGAUGUUUCCGCGGCCCCUAAGAAAACAAAGCCGCAGCCGCAACCCACAUACGUGGCUCAAAACCCGGCGGUCGACCAACACGCAGACAUUGACGUGGACGAUGAUAUCAGCUGA